CUCUUCUCCUCCUCCUCCUCCUCCUCCUCCUCCACCAGUCCCUUACCAGUCUUCAUCAUAGAUGUAUUUCGUCUGUUUUUUCUUCCAGGGUAUUGUAUUGGAUCCAUAGUCAAUCUUCUAUGGUUCUUGGUUUCUGGGUUGGUUUGUUUUGCUGCUCCAGUUUUUAGUUCUCUUGCAAAAUUUUCAGUUUCUUGCUCAUAGCUUGAAAGAUUUUCUACUUUUGUCUUCUGGGUUGGAGUUUUUGUGACUGUUUCAAGCUUCAAUCCACAAAUUUUCUCAGGAAAAAUAGCUUUUUUUCGUCUUAGAAGUCCACCUUCAUGCUCAACAUUUUGUUCUUGAUGUUUGAGAUUCAUGUCUCCAAUUCUCAGUGAAAUUCUUCUUUUGGGGUUUAUGAUAAAUUCUACAUUCAGACGCAGGACCCACUUAGUUCAGUCAUUCUCAGUUGUGUUCCUCUACUGGUUCUAUUACAUUUCAUGAUUUUGCUCUCAAAUUGGCUCUGAUAAUUAGGUAUUAAUAUAUAGCUAUAUAUUACUGUUAUCUUUUAAGUACUAGAGUUAAUCAGUGUCUGGGUCCUGCUAAAUCUCUCUCUUUGAGGCUUUGAACCUAAGAUUAAUCCCAAAACUGCAUAAUUUUCUGAGUUUUCAUGGCUUCCUCCAGUGGCACAUCUUCAGGGUCAACUUUGCUUCAGAACUCUGGUUCUGAAGAAGAUUUGCAGGCUUUGAUGGAUCAGAGAAAGCGGAAAAGAAUGAUUUCCAAUAGAGAAUCUGCAAGAAGGUCAAGGAUGAGGAAGCAGAAGCACUUGGAUGAUCUAAUGGCUCAGGCUGCUCAGCUGAGGAAGGAGAACAACCAGAUUAUCACAAGCAUGAAUGUCACCACCCAGCAUUACUUUAACAUUGAGGCUGAAAAUUCAGUACUCAGAGCUCAAUUCUCUGAGCUCAGCAACAGACUGCAGUAUCUGGUUGAGAUCAUAAAUUUCUUGAAUACAAGCAAUGGUGGCUUUGAAAGUGGGGAGCCCUGGACCCUUCCUGAGCCUACCACUUCUGACAGCCUCAUGAACCCUUUGAGUUUGCUAUAUUUGAGUCAACCCAUCAUGGCUUCUGAUAUCUUUCAGUACUGAUCUUUAUGAGCGUCUGGGUUUUCAAGAGAGAGAGAGAGAGAGAAAAAAAAAAAAAAAAAAACCAAAUCUCCAUCAAAGGAUGGUAAGGAAUAAGCAUAUGGGUAAUCAGUUCAUGGUCUGUAAAAAUAGGGUUGCCAUAUAAAAUAUGGACUUAAGAACUAUAAAUGUACUUGGUCUCUCUGCUUUAUAUAUAAUAAUAUCAGUUGAAUUCCUGUCUUGAA